AAUGUUGGAAAUAUUUGAUAUUAGUGGACCUGCUAGAUAAAAAAGUGAUAAUGAAAGUCUCUUCCCUUCACUUUCAUAUAAAGAAAGAUUAAUGGGAUUUGCUUUCUGUUCUAUUUUAGGUAGCCAAUCAAUAAAUUUCAUAAGGAUAUUUUAUCUAAAUAUUAAGCUUUGGGUCCUUAAUUGGAAUUUUGAGUGGUAGUCCAAAUAAAUUUGCACUUACUUAUAGUCUAGGAAAUAUUUUGGCAUUGUUUGGGUAAUCGAAAUGUCAAUUUAAAUAGUACAGCAUUUUUAAUAGGAUUCAAAAAGUAAUUAGAAAAUAUGAUUGACAGAGAAAGAAAAGUGACAACUAUAAUAUUUGCUUCUUCUUUGGUGAUGAUCUUUCUUUCAGUUUAUUUAUUUAAAUCGAAAUUUCUCGUUUUGAUAUUUUUAUUGACUGAGUUUUGCUCAUAUACCUGGUAUGUAGCCAGUUACAUUCCAUUUGCCAGAGAUUGUAUCAAAAGUUGUUUAAGGAACAUUAUAAAAGCAUGAUUUAUAAAAUAUUUGAUUUCAUUAAAAU